AUGUCUAAAACCAGUAAACAUCCUCUACUAGCAGUGAUUGCCCUGAUAUGGCUUGUGGCUGCAAGCUGUUUGCUGGAAUCGGUCGACGCUAAGCGAAGGAGUGGAAGUUCCAAACAAUACUCCAAGCGGCCGAAAAAUGUUAAUAUCGAAAUCUACCAUCCGAAGGGUGUCAUGAUCUGGUAUCCGUAUCGUGCGGGCAUGGAAAUGUUCGGUAUAGAAAUCUUCAUCAACAAAGCCAACCAACCAGUGGCAGACUCUAGUGAGGAAGAACAAACUCCACCGACUUGCGAUAUCUGUCUCAAUACGACCGAAGUUUCCUACGGGAAGUUUAUACUGCGCAGCGAGGACGCGAUCAUCCGUAGCCGGGAUCAUGUGUUUUACAAUGCGAUCUUGAAAAAAACGAACGGUACAGCGUACGUGUCCCGAUCGAAUGAUUUCUACGUUUCAGAGAGUCGUAUCUUGCUUGGUGAUAUAACGGGUGACGCGAGUGCGUGUGGACGUGAAACGGCCGUUGCACCCCUUUCCGACAAUGAUAAGCAACUGGCAAGCGAGAUUCAGCUGCUGGAGAGCAUUCUGCACGAGCUAAACGACCAGUGUAGCACUUGGGCGUCAAACCGAACGAAACAAUUGCUGCUGGCCCUCGAAACACCGACCCGUUACGAUGCGAAACAGUUGUAUCAGUACGUGACGGGAGAGCUGAAACAAAAGAUGCCGGCGAUCAACUGGAAUCGGACGCUUGUGGAAGCGUUCUACGUUAGCAAUGGGAUUGGACUGGAAGUGGCUACAAUGAUCGACAAGCUGAAGGUGCUGAAGCUGGCUGAAAGCCUGCCCACCUCGUUGAUCACUGAUCUGGACAGCAUCCAAACGGAGGACAUGACGAAUGAUAUCGACGCAUGGUUUUAG